CGGCUUACAUCACACAUGUACAUUAAAGAUAUUUUAGAAGAGCAUGUCUUGCCAUUUGCACCAUUUAUUGGGGUGCAUUUCCAUCAAUUUAUUUGUUGGUGCAAAGCGCGGUUUGGUUGUAGUUCCAGUGUAAGUGGCUAAACGAUUAUAGAAAAACAGACCUACGACGACUUAAAUAUUUUGUGUUGGUAACUUGUGACGUCACCCGUCACUUGAUGUGACGUGCACGUGCAAUGAAAGGUUAUUUAUUUAUUAUUUAUUUUUGUUUAUAUUUUAUAAUAUGCUGGUAAUAUUUUCUUGUGACUCAAAAUGAAGAAAAAAAACAUUCUGCUCCAUCACCAUCUUUAAUUUCUUAUAACAGAAAUGAGACAUGUUUGAUUGCCAUUGAUUAUAGCAAACGGUUUUGUAUGUUUAGAAUAUAUUUAUUCAGUUUAUAAUAUAAACUGAACACAUAUUAUGUUCACUAUGGAAUUUAAAGUUGAAGUUAAAGAAGAGUUUAUUGAAUAUAACAAACAAUCUAUAGACACUCCCGUACCCACAUUAAUAGGUAUGGAACACCUCAAAAAUGAACCAGAAGAUAACUCAGGAAUGGAAGUAAAACCUGAAAUUAAGAAAGAAUUUGCUGAAAAUAACCAAGGAUAUAUUCAGAAUCAGCUAUAUACAUCCAUAGAACUUGGAGAGUUGAAGAAUGAAAUAGAUGAAGAUAACUCAGGUUUUUCUCAGAACAUAAUGGAAAUCAUGAAAACGAAACUUGCGUCCACUACAGAACAACAAAUCAGUGCAAACACUGAAGAAACAACAUCAAACAGUUCUUAUUGCAAAUGUAAUAUUUGUUUUAGGCAAUUUAAUGAGGCAGGUUCUUUGGAACAACACCUAAAAACACACACUGAAGAAAAGCCUUAUAAGUGUGAAAUUUGUUUUAUGCAGUUUUCUCGAAAAGGUAAUUUGAAAAGACACUUGAUAGUGCACACUGGAGAAAAACCGCACAAGUGUGAAAUUUGUUUCAAGCUAUUUAGUCAAGCAGGAAGUUUGAAUAAGCAUUUGAGAGUGCACACUGGAGAAAAAUCGUACAAGUGUGAAAUUUGUUCUAAGCAGCAUUCUCGAAUGGAUAAUUUGAAAAGUCAUUUGAGAACACACAGUGGUGAAAAAUCGUACAAGUGUGAAAUUUGCUUUAAGCUGUUUACUCAUAAACAUUCUUUGGAUAAACACAAAAGAUUGCACACUGGAGAAAAGCCUUACGGGUGUGAAAUUUGUUUUCAGCAGUUUUCUCAGAAAAGUAAUUUAAACACACAUUUGAUAUUGCACACUGGAGAAAAACAGUACAAGUGUGAAAUUUGUUUUAAGCAGUUUUCUAGAUCGGAUCAUUUGAAAAAUCAUCUGAGAACACACACUGGUGAAAAAUCUUACAAGUGUGAAAUUUGCUUUAAGCUGUUUACUACUAAACAGUCUUUGGAUGAACACAAAAGAUUGCACACUGGGGAAAAGCCUUACAAGUGUGAAAUUUGUUUUCAGCGGUUUAGUCAUGCAGUUAGUUUGAAAACGCAUUUGAUAUUGCACACUGGCGAAAAUCCGUACAAGUGUGAAAUUUGUUUUAAACAGUUUGGUCUAGCAGAUGAUUUAAAAAAACAUUUGAGAGUGCACACUGGGGAAAAACCUUACAAGUGUGAAAUUUGUUUUAGGCAGUUUUCUCAGAAAAGUAAUUUAAACACACAUUUGAUAUUGCACACCGGAGAAAAACAGUAUAAGUGUGAAAUUUGUUUUAAGCAGUUUUCUCUGAAAUGUAAUUUGAAAGGACACUUGAGAGUGCACACUGGAGAAAAACCGUACAAAUGUGAAAUUUGUUUUAAGCAAUUUAGUGAAGCCGGAAGUCUGAAAAAGCAUUUGACAGUGCACACUGGGGAAACGCCUUACAAAUGUGAAUCUUGUUCUGAGCAGUUUUUUCAGAAGGUUCAUUUGAAAAAACAUCUGAAAGUGCACACUGAAGAAAAACUUCUUCUUCUUCUUUAAGUACCGUGCCCAAAUUUUUAGACGUGGGUAGCUUCCAUAACAAUUUGCCGAUAUAGUUCUCGAUCUUGUGCGGCAUGUAACAAUUGAUCUGCUGAUAAGCCAGUCCAUUGACGAAGGUUUCGGAGCCAUGAAUAUUUCUUUCAACCAAUUCCUCUUUUUCCGUCGAUCUUUCCAUUGAGUAUGCAGCAUCCUGUAUCUGCUACCUCUCAUUAUAUGCCCCAGAUAUUCAAGUUUUCUCUUUUUUAUCAUCUUCAUUAAGUCACCUUCGCCUUGACCUACUCUAUUUAAGACUUCUCUGUUUGAAAUGCGUUGAACCCAAGAUAUUCUGAGCAUUCUACGAUACGACCACAUCUCAAAGGCUUCUAAUUUGUUCAUCAUGUUAACCUUCAUUAUCCAGGUUUCACAUUUAUAUAGUAAUACAGGAUACACAUAACAUUUUAGGAACUUGAUUCUUAGUUGUAAGUUCAGCUGAGAGUUGCUCAGAAUAGAUCUAAGUUUCAUAAAUGCUCCUCUUGCAAUUCUUAUACGAGUUUUAAUUUCUUCAUCCGGAUUUAGUGUCUCGCUUAUCCAACAUCCUAGGUAUUUAAAAUGGUUAACUUUUGUUAUUGAUUCAUCAUUGACAAUUAGUUGCACAGGGCCGACGUCUUGUUUACUAACCACAAGUAACUUUGUCUUUGUUGCAUUUAUGUUAAGUCCGUUAUUGGAGCAUUCUCUAGUGACUCGAUCUAUAAGGAAUUGAAGAUCUUCGAUAUUUUCAGCCAUGUUCGCGGUGUCGUCUGCAUAUCUGAUGUUGUUAAUAGUUUCUCCCCCGAUUCGAACUCCACAUUGUCCUUCCAAGGCUUCAUUAAAAAUUAUUUCUGAGUAUACGUUAAACAAAGUUGGGGAUAACACACAACCCUGUCUGACACCUCUUUGAAUGCAAAUUUUGUCUGUUUCUUUGCCGUCUACCAGAAUAGAAGCUUCUUGAUUCCAAUAUAGAUGUUGUAAAAGUCUCAGAUCUUUAUCAUCUAUUCCAAUAAUUUCUAGAUAUUCAAACAACCUAUCAUGUUGAACUCUAUCAAACGCCUUCUCAAAAUCUAUAAAGCAGACGUAAAUUGGUUUCUGUACUUCCCAUGAUCGUUGAAGUAAUGUUAACAUUGAGAACAAAGCUUCCCAAUCCUUCUCUGAAACCGAAUUGUUUGUUUCCCAUUGUCUCUUCACAUUUCUGCUUGAUUCUAUUAAGAAUUAUCUUAAGAAGUAGCUUGAGAGAGUGGCUCAUGAGACUAAUUAGUCUAAAGUCUUUACAUGAUGAUGUAUUAGGUUUUUUUGGGAGUGGAAUAAAUGUAGACUCUAACCAUAUCUGUGGCAUCAUGCCAGUCUCGUAUAUAUGGUUAUAAAUGUUUGUUAGUUGUGAGACAUUGUCGUCAUCCAGAAGUUUGAGCCAGUCUGAUGGUAUUUGAUCAGGGCCUGGAGAUUUCCUCUUUUUGCUCUGUUUGAUGGCUUUCUCUACUUCCGCUUUUAAAAUACUCGGACCAGUAUUCGUAUACUUUGUGGUGUUAAGUGGUGGCCUCGUAUCCAGGAAGAGCUCUUUUAUAUAGUUAGUCCAUUCUUCCUUUUUUCCAUCGAGAAUUAUUUUACCUUUGGAGUUUCUCAUAAAGUGAGGAGUUCUUUUUCUCUGAGUGUAGGUAAUUUCUUUAAGCUUUUUAUGUAUAUUAAACUCGUCAUGUUUUCUUUGUAGUUCUUCCAUUUCACGACAUCUUUGUUCCAUCCAGUCCUCUUUUGCUCGCUUAACCUCGUAUCUUAUUUGUCGAUAUAUCUCUCUAUACCGAAUCUCGUCUUUGUUUUUCCAAUUUCUUCUUUGUUGAAUAAGGUCUAGUAUUUUAUCGGUCAUCCAAUCCUUUUUCUUUAUUUGGUCUUUUUCUGGUUUCAUAACUUCGUUUGCUAUGGUGACCAUGGCGGAAUUCAUGAUAUCUAGAUUUUGACCGAUAUUUUCUUGUUCAGAUCUUUCCAACUGUUUUUUAAUCUCACGAUUUAUCUUAUUUCCGAACUCAUCUGAUAUUACGGCAUUUCUUAGGAGUCGAGUAUUAGGUUUCUUCUGCGUUGUGGGGGCUUUUAUUCUUUUUAGUUUUAGUUUGAAUCCAGCACAGAGCAGAUUAUGGUUAGUUGCUGCGUCUGCACUUGGGUAUGUUUUUGCAGAUGUAAUACUGUUUCUAAACCUUCUAUUAAUGAUAAUGUAGUCAAUUUGAUUUCUGACUAUCUUUCCCUCUUGAUCAGCUGGAGAUUUCCAGAUAUAUAUUCGUCUUUUAGGUUGCUGAAACAAAGUAUUUGCUAUAAUGCAUUUCUCUUCUUGGCAGAACUGUAUUAGUCUUUGCCCUCUUUCGUUCCUUUCUCUAAGUCCAUACUUUCCGGUUAUAUCUUGUGUGAUUUCGGCACCAACUUUUGAGUUGAAGUCUCCCAUAAUAAUUGUAGCUUCAUGUUUUUUUGUGCUCCGGAGAAUUUGUUUAAUUUGGCUGUAGAAUUGCUCAAUUUCUUCAUCUGGUUUGUCAGCUGUUGGUGCAUAGGCUUGUAUUAUAUUAAUAUUCAGUAGUUUAUUUUGCAGCUGAAUCAUCAUGAUACGAUCAUUGAAGGGGACGAAAUUUCGGAUACAGUUACGAAUUUCUUCUUUGACAAUGAUUGUGACUCCGUUACGUCUGGGUCCUUCUGCCUUUCCCGAGUGGUAUACAAUGUAUCCAUUACUCUCAAAUAUGUUUGACCCUAGCCAUUUCGUCUCGCAUAUACCUAGGAUAGGAAUGUCUAGUCUGGCCAUUUCUAGCUGAAUAUUUUGUAAUUUCGCACCUUCAAACAUAGUUGUUACGGUCCACGUAGCUAUCUUGUGGAUUUUCACGACACGGGGUUUUCGUGUGUUGACGACCUGAGAGGCCCCGUGGUUUGGUUGUGAUCUUCCUCCCCUGCCGGAUCUUGGAAAUGUAUGUAUAGUUUCCGUAUCUGUCAUGGGAAGCUGUACUAGAGAUAUCCACAAGGAUCUUUAAUGUAGUGGUUUCUCCUGGCCUUCUACAUCCUGAUGCCGUUGACCAUUUCCUGGUUCCUCCGCCUUUGAGACCGAUUUCUCGGUCUCAGGACAACAGAGUGCCCUACCACUCACCAACUCAUCCGCCCGAAGCCGUUGGUCAGUAAGUGGGGGAUUGCUUAUACCGGCAAUCAUUCGGUGAGAAGUAUUGAUAGAAGUGAUAGAAGUAGAAAAUAGUGACCCGUCUGCCCUCGGAAACCUAAUAGCCAUUCGGGGUCGGAAAAAGUAAGAAUUGGCCAAGUGAGGCCGAUAGGAAAGAUUAAAGAAAUUUUACUCAAGACAACUUGAAAGAGAGUAAAAUGUGAAGGCCCUCAUGACUCGCCAGAUGCGACUCAUGAGAGUAUGAGUAUUUUUCACCUUUUGUUCCCGCUCAUACAUCGGGGUGUUGACUACAGACUGUAUGGCUUUUCCAGCGCGUACCAUAGCAUGAUGCAACGAAAUGCAUGCACUCCCAUAUAAUUUUGGAGCCCACACAUUCCUCAACAACAUGGCCUGACAUAUGAACAUGGCCUUACAAGUGUAAAAUUUGUUCUAAGCAGUUUUCUCUGAAAGGUACUUUAAAAAAACAUUUGAAAUUUCAUACUGAAGAAAACACUUGAACAGACGAUCAAGUAAUAAUGGCUCAAGCUUAUGAGGAUUUAAACUAUAUACAAUGGCGUGCGCAGUUCGUGCCAUGGGUGCCGCGGCACCCACAAUUGUGAUCGAAGUGCGCUAAAAUUAAAUAAUCAGAAAAAUAAAGAUUUAUUGUGUAUGCUUCGCCAAUGUGGAUAAGUGACAAGUAAGAUGAUUCUAUAAAAUUUGCCCUCGUAACAAUAUACCUUCUCCAUAUCGGCCCGUUUCGCCAGCGAAUAGUUGAACAAGUUCGUUGAAUACUUUGAAACAUUGAUAAACUUAUCAACACUUUGCUGGUCUAUACAGGGUGUUCUCGAAAAUAGUGCGUUCCUUAAAGGUAUAGGUAGAAGGUACCAUGUAGAGCAAAAAAGUCUUACAACAUUUUUUUCUAAAUUCAACCGUUUGGCCAAAAAACCAAAAUACAUUUUGGUGUUCAAAUUGAAAUCUGACAACUAUGUAUACAAAAAUCUAAACAUAGAUAAUCACAAUUCAAAAAUAGUUGCAGCAUUAGCCUUUAGCAUUUACAUUAAACCCUGUCUUCAUCCUAAACAAACAAACAAAUUCUUGUUUUGGUUAUUUUCAAAAAUGGGGAGGCAUAAUUAUUUUGCAGGUGUAACUGUCUGACAUACAUUUUUAUGGUGUCAAUAACCUAGAUUACUAACACUUCUUAUACAAUGAUGCCAGAUUUUUAAAUUUUAUGAAAAUAAAAGUUCGCUUAUAUGGCGAACAAUGUAUUUUUUUUGGAAACGGUUAACUUUAGAAAAAAAUGUUAUAGGACUUUUUUGUUCUACGUUGUGUAUUAUAUCCAUACCUUAAAGGAACGCACUAUUUUCGGGGACACCCUGUAUAUUUACGUUCGUGGACAGAUUGCGAAUGGGAGAAAAAGUUGUUUACUCAGCAUUAAGAGUCAAUUUUUGCAUAGGCGUGGUGUCAGUGGUGUGUUCGGUUACUGAAAUAAUAGCAGAUACUUCCGAUGGUAAAGUGAGACUAGUGGUAUAACAAUCAUAAACCAAAUGAAAACAUUUGAUUUCAUCAUCUGUUUAGAGAUUAUUCACCCAAUUCUACAACUCGUAAUAAAAGUUAACAAAACUCUUCAGUCGCCUGACACCUGACAUAGAUCUGUGUCAAGCUAUGGAAGAGGUUUCAAGUUUGGCCUUUGCUUUUGAGGAGUUAAGAAUUGACAGAGAGUACAUGCGAACCUAUUGGCAUUGAUAUACCUAUUCCUAGAAAACGUAAAGUUCCUGCUAAAUUGGAUAAAAAUCCUAAUAACACGUUUUCAGUGAAAUUUUUUUUAAACAGUUUUUACGAGAAAAUAAUUUUAAAGCAAAUGUGAGAUGUCAUGCUGUAGAAAAACUGUACAAGUGUGAAAUUUGUUUUACCAACUUUACUAGAGCAACUCAUUUGAAAGAACAUACAAGAUUGCACACUGGCGAAAAACCUUACAAGUGCGAGAUUUGUUUUCAGCAGUUAUUAACCACUAUCAUUGAAAACUCAUUUAACUGUACACACUGGAGAAAUGCCUUAUAAGUGAAACUUGUUUUAAGCAAUUUUCUAGUAAAGGUAAUUUGAACACACAUUUGAAAGUGCACACUGGAGAAAAACCGUACAAGUGUAAAAUUUACUUUAAACAGUUUUCUCUGAAAAGUACUUUGGAAAAACAUGUAAGAUUGCAUACUGUAGAAAAACCGUAGAAGUGUUAAAUUUAUUUGAACCCUCCGGUGGCCACACUGCGGUACUCCGUGCUGCAUUUUAAAGUUUUAAUAGUAUUUAUAUGGGAAGUAUACUAUCCUAAGUCACAUUCUCAUAAUUUUACAGGAGAAGUACUUAAACAAUAGGUUUGUUCCAACUCGAUACAAAACCGUUCUUGAACGGUUACGAGUAUGCCCAGUAACGAAAAAUGUGUUACUGCGCAUAAUUAUUCGCUAUUGCGCAUGCGCGUAACGCUAACGAUUCAAGAACGGUUUUAUAUCGAGUUGGAACAAACCUAUUAUAUUUGAUGUUUGUUCAGAACAUGAUAAGUAAUUAAUAAUUGUAGCGGAAACUAUUGUCGAUAUUUAAAAAUAGUAUUAUAACAUAGUUUGCUGUAGUAUUAUGAAAGUAUAAGGGUUUAAAGAUAAUACAAUAAUCGACUUAGGAUAUAUUACCUUUAAUUUAUAAGGCUCCUUAUAUUUAUAAUACACGUAUACUAAGUCUCUUAAAUUGUUUAUCUGUGUAAAAAACUCGUCAAUAUUUCUUUAUUUAUUUUAUUUAGUUACAAUAUACAGUUUGAAAAUUACAUGUUAUCAUUAUAGUUAGGAUAAUGUUAUCGUUUAGAAGCCUCUGAUUCUACAGAAUCAGUAGUUGUUUGUGUUAUCUUAUUAUUUGGCUCAUAAGAGCUCCUAAGAUCCCGUUGAACCAUGCCGCCAUCCUGUUGCUUUGAUAAAGCAGUCUUCACUAUUUGUUGUGAAAUACUUAAAGUGUUUAAGAACAUUUUUUACAUACUAAAGGUCAUUUGAAAGUACAUUUGAGAGUGCACAUUGAAAGUCUCACUCAUGCGAAAUUUAUUUUAAGCAGUUUUCUCUGAAAAGUACUUUGGAAAAACAUGUGAGAUUGCAUACUGUAGAAAGACCGUCUUCUUUUUCCACUUUAUAAGCAAUUUUGCUUAUUCAUUGGCGGAUUGAUACCUCUAUGGAAGGUUGUUACUCCAUCUUUUGCGCGGUCGGCCGAUACUUCUACCGAUUGGUGAUUUAUCUCUUGCUAUUUUGACCACACGUGUCUACCCCAUUCUGGUUAUGUGGUUGUUCCAUUCUUUUUUACUAUUUAGUGUCCGUUCGUUUAUACACUGUACGUUACACUGUCUUCUGAUAUCUUCACUUCUCUUUCGAUCUCUCAGUUUAUUUCCUGUAAUUCUCAGUACCCUCAUCUCUGCCGUUUCCAGUAGUCUUUGUGUUGUGUCUGUAUCGGGUCUUGUUUCUGAUGCAUAUGUCAUUAUUGGUCUUACACUGGCUUUAUAAAUUCUUGACUUCAUAUCAGUAUUAAUAUUUCGGUUUCGCCAUAUAGUGUUAUUAAGGAAUCCUGCCAGUCUAUUUGCUUUUUGUACUUGAUUUCUCACUUCUUUGUCCAGGUCUCCGUAACUCGACAAUGUAAUUCCAAGGUAUUUUACUUCCAUUACUUGUUCAAUACUGAAACCAUCAAUUUCUAUUUUACAUCUGAUUGGUUCUUUACUGAUUACUAUUAUUUUGGUCUUCUGAGAUGAAAUUGUCAUAUUGAAUUCUUUUGCUCUUAUGUUAAAUCUGUGGACUAAUAUUUGCAGACUAUCUUCAUCUUGGGCUAUCAAUAUCGUAUCGUCUGCGUAGCAGAGUAUUUUUUACUUCUUUGUUUCCCAUUCUGUAUCCUCUUUCUUUGUUGUCGUUUUUGAUGAUUUCAUCAUGAUUAAAUCAACAAGUUUUUUGUUAUCCGUCGGUGAGCAAUAAAUAUGAAGGGAUAUUGGUGCUGCUUCUUCACUAAAUGUUGUUGAAUCCAUUCUUCAGUUGCAUUAUAAGCCAGAAGCGAGUGAACACGGGACAUAUUUUGUGCAUUUGUUUUCAGUUUUGCUCUUAAGUUAUGUUUUUUGUUGCAAAAAUGGAGUUGUCGAGAGAAGGAACUAUGCUUCUAAUUUUUUUAUUUAGAGACAAAGUUUGAGAAAGACAGUUUGUUACCUAAGUUCUUUAGUUAUUAAGUUCCUUGGUUAUUAAUGUGUUUUUCACACCUCUUCUACGCAGGAAGAUAAUCCCUUGCCUGCGAUGAUUGAGCUAUUGUUUCAUUUCUGAAAUUUUAAUCCUUGUAUUAUCGGCGCUUGCACAAUCGCUUUUGUAAACUUAUUGUGGACUAUAAAUAAAUACUUGUUUGUGUAUCGUUUGUCAUGUCUAAUUUUAAUUUUGUAGAUAUUAAUGAUUUAGAAUUAAAUGUAUGUAUGA